UUGAUUUCUUUCGGCGUGCUGUCAAUUGUUUGCAUUCGUUGUAGUCUAGUUUCUCAAGCAUGUUUUCGGUUCUACAAAAAAAAAUUGCAUCUCCCGUCUUGUAUACAUUCCCAAUUAAACAUCUUAGCUUAACUUCUAUUAAUUGUAAUACCUCCGUCGGUAUUCCAUUUGCCAAAGCCAAAGAGGGGAGUUUUGUACAGGAUGCACCACAUCUGGAAAAUUCUUUUGAAGGGGACGCAUUCCUAAAGAGAAACUUAGAGCGUCUUUUGCCGAAUGAAGUGUACAGUGAUGUGAAAAAGGAAUUGUCAGUCUUUGGUGCUCGUGUAGCUACAGACAUCUACAGGUUGGGUAGAGAAUGUGAACUGAAUCCUCCAUAUAUGAAGCUUAAAGAUGCCUGGGCAAAUCCUCAUAACAGAGUUGUUACUUGUGAAUCUUGGAAGGAACUGAAAAGAUUGUCUGCUAGAGAGGGCAUUGUUGCACUAGCAUAUGAGAGGAAUCCAAAGCACCAAGGGUUUAGCCGCUUAAUUCAGAUGUCAAAAAAUUAUCUCUAUUAUCCUUCAUCAGGACUCUAUAGCUGCCCUUUAGCAAUGACCGAUGGGGCUGCGAAAACUUUAGAGGUGAGUGGAUUGAAAGAUCAUGAAGCUUAUAGGAAUUUAACAUCAAGGGAUCCGGAGAGAUUUUGGACAUCUGGCCAGUGGAUGACGGAAAAAAGAGGUGGUUCGGAUGUGGCGGGUGGAACUGAAACUCUGGCAGUACAAGACCCAAGCUCCAAAAAUAUGUACAGGCUUUAUGGCUACAAAUUUUUCAGUUCAGCGACCGAUGCCGAUGUAGCUUUGACGUUGGCUCGCAUAGUAGAUCCAUCUACAGGCAAAACUACAGCAGGAACUAGAGGAUUGUCAUUGUUCCUUGUCCAUGUGGACCAACCGAGCAACUUGCACCUAAUCCGCCUGAAGGAAAAAUUGGGUACUAAGCAAUUGCCUACUGGCGAGCUUUUACUGGAUGGGAUGAAUGCUGAGUUAUUAAGUCCACCUGGCCGAGGGGUUGCUUCAAUUUCUCACAUGCUGAACAUUACUAGACUACACAAUGCAUCCGGAUCAGUCUCGGCAAUGCGACGGAUCAUCAGCUUAGCUCGGGAUUAUAGUAAUAGGCGGGUUGCAUUUGGAAAACCCAUUCGUAAUCACCCGUUGCACGUCCGCACGCUGGCAGACAUGGAACUAGAAUGCAGAGCUGGGUUUAUCUUGUUUGCAGAAGCUGCACGUUUGCUCAGCUUAGAAGAAAGUGGAGCAGCCAGUAAUGAUCAGCAACAAUUACUCCGUCUGCUUCUCCCACUCCUCAAACUGUAUACAGGAAAACAAUGUAUAAAAGUUGUUUCCGAAGGGCUUGAAUCGUUCGGGGGUCAAGGAUACAUGGAAGAUACAGGCAUUCCAGUAAUUUUACGUGACGCUCAGGUAACACCUAUUUGGGAAGGCACGACCAACAUCUUGAGCUUGGAUGUACUUCGUGCAGUGGCUAAAACUGAAGGACAAGUUCUGAUUGCGUAUUACCAAAGGAUCCAAGGUGUCCUCGAUUCUUCCGCAAACCCGUCUCUAUCUGAGUGUUACUCUCUGCUAGAGCGAUACCGUUCCCAAUUACUAUCUUUUGCUCAGAAUAACCCGGACAAGUUGGAGUAUGUCGCACGUGACUUUGCUUUUGGCCUGGCUCGUACUCUGGCCGGCGCUUUGCUCCUGGAACAUGCUUCUUGGAGUGGGGCAGUCGAAAGUGAUGUUGCGGCCGCCGAGCGUUGGCUCACACAACGUGAUCUUGUUGCUCAAUCACUGGUUGUAGAACAAAUCAGUAACCGAUGUCUCACGUCAUUCCAGAAACUUGAUGAGGCUUUAGUUUUUGAUGGGUACGAUGCGAAACAUUUGCUUUCGCCUCUGUUCUAACUUAAUUUGCCAUAAAUGAAUUUAUAGUCGGUGAAGGAUGAAAAAUUGUACGUGAUAGAAUUUCAGCUGCUGAGGGAAUUGUUCCUUUACUUUUUCUCAUUAUGUUUUGGUAGAUAUUUUUUCCCAUUUACUUCUCUAAAUUUCAUAUUUUUUUAUAGUUAGGCAUAUAAUGUAGUUGGCGAUUUCAGAGAAAAGUUAGCAAAUUAUCAACGUGCGGGUGUGGAUAUUUUCGUUCAUACAGAUGUUGCUAAAAACGGAAGAUAACUAUUUUUCUGCGUAUUAACGAAUAAAUGCUGUGAAAAUAAAGAUGUAUAAGAUAA